GAUGAAAAGAAGUUGAUGUUGGAUUUUUGUUUGGUGUUGUUGCAGGAAACGUCCGAUUCGCCUCACGGCUUAGGCGGUAUUGCCAAUGCGGGCGGUGGUAGUGGGUCUGGUGGUGGUGGUGGCGGCGGCCUUGCUGGCUCCUCCUCCGCCACAACUAGUAACACUGCCUCUAGCUAUGUCCAUGAACAACCACAAACGCCACCACCUUUCACCUGCGUUUAUUGUGGCGCGAGUUUUCCCCACCAAAAUAAACUAACGCGCCAUAUACUAUCGCACUCUCUUAAAACUCUGGAAUAUCGUGAAACCGCCACGCAUGCUCUUCUACACCCGCACCUCUUGGGUCAUGAUCUUAACAUGUCACCGCUGGCGUAUCAAAUGAAUGCAGCGAUGGCAAGUGCCAGCGGUGAUGCCCAAGAUCAGGCGGCAGCUGUGGCUGCAGCUGUUGCCAUGGAUAUGGAUUUCGCGGCAGCCCUAGCGGCGGCUGGUGGUUGUCCCUUCCCUUCGUUGGCUAGCUGUACGGCACGUGGUCUAGAUCUCGAUGGUAGUGGAGGCCUUGGUGGCAGUGGAGGUGGCGGCGUUGGUGGUGGCUCUAGUUCAUCUAGCCGAACAGGACGUGAUGGCGUUGGUGGUGGCAAUUCAUCAGCCUCGGGUAAUGGCGGUUGUCCCAGCAGCAGUUUGUCUUUAUUAAGUGGCGCUGGUUCGUCAACAUCGGCCGCUGCGGCGGCGGUAGCUGCUGCAGCAGCUGCCAGUUCGUCAGCAUCGUCCAAUGAUCCGAAUAGUGUUGUUUUGUGUAAGUUCUGUGGUAAAAGUUUUCCCGAUGUUACCUCAUUGAUCACACAUUUGCCGAUACAUACAGGUGAUCGACCGUUCAAGUGUGAGUUUUGUGGUAAAGCGUUUAAAUUACGUCAUCACAUGAAAGAUCAUUGUCGUGUACAUACAGGUGAACGUCCAUUUCGAUGUCAAAUGUGUGGUAAAACAUUUUCAAGAUCGACAAUAUUGAAAGCUCACGAAAAAACACAUUUUCCCAAAUAUGCAAGAAAAUUUUUAUCACCCAGUCCGGUGGAUACAAAGGAUGAAUUGCCGCAAUAGUGAAACGAUUUUAGUUUAUUAUUAAAUUAUUAUUAUUACUAUUAUUAUUACUAUAACAAUAACAACAACAAUAAUAAUAAUAAUUUUAACAACUACAACCACAAUAAUAAUAGUAAUAGUAACAACAACAUCAACAACAGCAGCAGCAACAGUAACAACAGCAACAACAACAACAACCUUUAUAACAAUAUAAACGAUAAUAAUCUACAGCAACAUUAUUAUUGAAAUAUUCAACAAUUUUUAAAAACAAACGAUCCAAAAAAACAACAAUAGAAACAUUUUUGAAAAACAGAAAGAACAAGAAUUAGCAAAACUACUACUAAAUAUAUAUAUCUACAAAAACAAACAAACAAUACAUAUUUAUAGAGAUAUAUACCUUUAAAAAAAGUAUAUUAAAGAAAAAAGAAAAUAUGUAAAAAAUUUUAAACAAAAAUUAUAUAUAAAAAUGUAUAUACAAACUUACACUUAACACAAACACAAUACUAUUUAAAAGAAAAGAAUAGUAUGGAAAAUAUUUUAGUUUAUAACUUCUAAAAGAAGUUAUAACAGUUAUAAACCAAGCAACCCAAAUAUUUAUGAAAGAAAAUAAUUCGUAAAAAAAAGUAACUAUUAUUUCAUAAUAGAUUUGAGAAGUUAUAAAACCCCAAUACUGUCUGUAUGUAUAAAAUACAUACUAAAACAUUUUAUACAUAAUUACAUACAUACAAUAUAUAUAUAUUUAAAAUAUACAUAUACAUAUGUUAAAGGAAACAAAAAAAAAGAAACAUUAAACAUAC